AUGGCAGCAAUUCUGAAAGUGUUAGAAAACAGUUUGUGGAGGGACUUGAAUAGCUGGGUUGAUGAAACUAAUUCGUGGACUAUAUUAGGAGACUUUAUUGUGGUCAGAUUUGGUUAUGAAAGAAGCCCGAAAGUUGAUACUUCACAGACAAUGAUUGAUUUUAAUGAUUGCAUCAGAGAUAUCGGUUAUAUUGAACCAACCAAUGUUGGUAAUGCAUUUACUUGGUCAUUUAUGCGAGGGAAUGAGGAUAUGAGGAAAAGUAGAAUUGAUAGAGGAUUAAUUAACGAGGAUUGGGCGUUGAGGUUUCCUAAAAGCAGAAUUCAAGUUCUUAAUCCGGGGAUUUCAGAUCAUUGUCCUAUCAUGCUGUCUUGGGAUAAUGAGGACAAAAUUAAGAGGCCGUUUAAGUUCUUCCAUUUCUGGAUGGUGGGUGAUAAAUUCAAGAUUAUUCUGAAAGAGGUGUGGUCUAAACAAGUGAGUGGAUCAAAAAUGUUUCAAAUAAGUGAGAAACUGAAAAUGCUGAAAAAUCGUCUUCAAAGAUUUGAUAAGAGAAAAUUCAGCAACAUCUCGACUAGAGUUUCUGAAGCUAGAUUGAUUCUUGCGAAUUUACAGAAAAGAAUGCUUGGUGACGAAGUUUCUCAAAGUCUGGUUCAAGAGGAAAAGGAAGCGAUAACUAAAUUUUGUGUUCUUAGUUCUCUUGAAGAGAGCUAUAUAAAACAAAAGUCGAGACAAAAUUGGUUAUCUCUUGGAGAUAGCAACACCUCAUUCUUCUAUAGAAAGUUCUCUGCAAGAAACUUGAGAAAUCGGGUUCAUAGAAUCAAGACAAGUGAUGGCGUAAUUGUUCAAGGGCAGCAACUAGUUCAUGAUGAAGCCAUCUGGUUUUAUAGAUCUUAUUGGAACUAG